AUGGAGCAACAACAAGCCACUGAUUUAUCCAAUCAACCCAUUCCUGAUGUUUACUUUACGAUGGAAGACCUUGCUCAACACAAGGGAGAAAAUGAUUUACCAAUUUGGAUCGGAUGUAACGGUCUCAUUUUCCAAGUGAGCGAAGAAAAGAGAGAAAUGUAUGCUCCAGGAGCUGGAUAUAGUGUUUUUGCUGGAACAGAUGCCACACGAGCUCUCGCCAAAUCAAGCCUCAAUGCUGAAGAUCUUCAACCUUAUGGUAGUUUGGAAGGCCUUACUGAAAAGGAGUUGAAAACACUCAAGCAAUGGGAAGAUUUCUACAAGAAGAGAUAUGUCAUUGUCGGAAAGAUCAAGCUUUAA